AUGAGAUGUCCCCUGCCACUUGCCAUAUGGUUUAGCAGGUGCCCUCAGAUGCCAACAGGCAAAGGCAGCUCAAGCAUCUCAUCCGACGUGAGUUCAAGUACAGAUCACACGCCGACCCAAGCCCAGAAGAAUGUGGCUACCAGUGAAGACUCCGACCUGAGCAUGCGCACCCUGAGCACGCCCAGCCCGGCCCUGAUAUGUCCACCGACCCUGCCCGGAUUUCAGAAUGGAAGGGGCUCGUCCACCUCCUCGUCGUCCAUCACAGGGGAGACGGUGGCCAUGGUCCACUCCCCGCCCCCGACCCGCCUCACCCACCCGCUCAUCCGGCUCGCCUCCCGACCCCAGAAGGAGCAGGCCAGCAUCGAGCGCCUCCCGGACCAGUCCAUGGUGCAGAUCUUCUCCUUCCUGCCCACCAACCAGCUGUGCCGCUGCGCGCGCGUGUGCCGCCGCUGGUACAACCUGGCCUGGGACCCGCGGCUCUGGAGGACUAUCCGCCUGACGGGCGAGACCAUCAACGUGGACCGCGCCCUCAAGGUGCUGACCCGCAGACUCUGCCAGGACACACCCAACGUCUGUCUCAUGCUGGAAACCGUAACUGUCAGUGGCUGCAGGCGGCUCACGGACCGAGGGCUUUACACGAUCGCCCAGUGCUGCCCGGAACUGCGGCGCCUGGAGGUCUCGGGCUGUUACAACAUCUCCAACGAGGCGGUCUUCGACGUGGUGUCCCUGUGCCCCAACCUGGAGCACCUGGAUGUGUCAGGGUGCUCCAAAGUGACCUGCAUCAGCUUGACCCGGGAGGCCUCCAUUAAACUGUCCCCCUUGCACGGCAAACAGAUUUCCAUCCGCUACCUGGACAUGACGGACUGCUUCGUGCUGGAGGACGAGGGCCUGCACACGAUCGCCGCGCACUGCACGCAGCUCACCCACCUGUACCUGCGCCGCUGCGUGCGCCUCACCGACGAGGGCCUGCGCUACCUGAUGGUCUACUGCGCCUCCAUCAAGGAGCUGAGCGUCAGCGACUGCCGCUUCGUCAGCGACUUCGGCCUGCGCGAGAUCGCCAAGCUCGAGUCGCGCCUGCGGUACCUCAGCAUCGCCCACUGCGGCCGCGUCACCGACGUGGGCAUCCGCUACGUGGCCAAGUACUGCGGCAAGCUGCGCUACCUCAACGCCCGGGGCUGCGAGGGCCUCACGGACCACGGCGUGGAGUACCUCGCCAAGAACUGCGCCAAGCUCAAGUCCCUGGACAUCGGCAAGUGCCCGCUGGUGUCCGACACGGGCCUGGAGUGCCUGGCCCUGAACUGCUUCAACCUCAAGCGGCUCAGCCUCAAGUCCUGCGAGAGCAUCACGGGCCAGGGCCUGCAGAUCGUGGCGGCCAACUGCUUCGACCUGCAGAUGCUCAACGUCCAGGACUGCGAGGUGUCCGUGGAGGCCCUGCGCUUCGUGAAGCGCCACUGCAAGCGCUGCGUCAUCGAGCACACCAACCCCGCCUUCUUCUGA